UCCCCCGCCACUUUGCACCCCACCACCAGGCCAGCGCGCGUAUGUGCCGGGACCCGCGCAUGCCCUCGCGCGGGGAGGAGGAAGAAGAGGAGGGGUGAGAGCAGGAGGAGCCAAACGUGCCUGCGCCUGCCCGCGCGCAGGCGCGAUCUCGCGCGCGCUGACCGCCCGCCUCCCGCUCGCCAGCCGGCUUUCGGAGGGGCGGCAGGCGCGGGGCGGCGCGGCGCGGUCGCGCGGCAGGCGGGAAAAGGUGAGGAGGACCCCCUCGCACCCACCAGCGAUGGCGGGCGGCUGCGCGCUCUUCUGCGCCGUCAACGCCGCCGUCGGCAUCCCUUUCCUGGCCUACCUCGGCUUCCUGUGCAACAUGGACGCAAUACAGAUAGACGUGCCCAGCCCCCAAAAGCCACAAGCGGCGCAGGGGUGCUUCGUGGCCGCCGCCAUGUAUGCGGUGACGUUCUUGCUGGCUGUCUUCUACUUCAACAAGGGAACGAAGUCGGCGUCUGCCCGGGAGGUUACGAUCGCGCACGGCGGAGGCAGCUACAACAGGGUCGCCGUCUCGGAGGCCAACUACUGAGCUGCCGGCCAGGGUGUGAAGUGCUCCCGUGGUGGCGAUGUGGUGAUUCUCUUAGUCCUUACGGA